AUGACAGUUGAGGAGUACCGGACUCCCAUGACAGUUGAGGAGUAUUCCAAGGCUAUUGUUGUGGCAGGAAGGUUAAAGAAUGUUGAUCUUGCAGCCGAACUAUUCAAGGAAGCUUCCACCAAGCGACUCAAAUCGACCUCUUUAUAUAAUGCCCUUAUGACUGCUUACAUGCUCAAUGGUUUGGCUGUUAAGUGUCAAUCAGUUUUUUGGGACUUGAAGAUGGAAGCAACAUGUACCCCAACUAUUGUAACAUACAACACACUGAUCUCUCUGUUUGGAAGAUUAAUGCUGAUAGAUCACAUGGAGGCAACCUUACGGGAAAUAAAUGAUUUGGAUGUCUGCCCAAAUGUUGGUACGUACAACUAUUUAAUUGCUGGGUAUAUCACAGCGUGGAUGUGGGAUGAUGUGGAGAAGACGUAUAGAAUCAUGAAUGCAGAAAGUAUCAAACCUGAUCUUACUACCCAUUUAUUGAUGCUUCGAGGAUAUGCACAUUCUGGUAAGUUGGAUAAGAUGGAAGAAAUCUAUGAGCUUGUCAAAGGUCAUGUAGAUCGGCAUGGAAUCCCAUUAAUUCGAUCUAUGAUAUGUGCUUAUAGUAAAAGUUCUGAUGUAAAUAAAGUUCAAAAGAUUGAAGAAUUGCUGAGGUUGAUUCCUAAAGAUGAUUAUAGGCCUUGGUUGAAUGUCAUAGUAAUAUGUUUGUAUGCAAAGGAGGAUCUAUUAGACGAGAUGGAAAAUUCAAUAAAUGAGGCAUUUGAAUGUAACACAUCCGUCACAACAGUUGGUGUCAUGCGUUGCAUCAUUUCAAGUUACUUCCGAAACAAUGCAGUGGACAAACUUGCUAAUUUUGUUAGCCGUGCGGAAUGUGCUGGUUGGAAAAUAUGCAGGUCCCUUUACCACUGCAAGAUGGUUAUGUAUGCAUCACAAAGGCGGCUCAUUGAAAUGGAGAGAGUUCUUAGCGAGAUGGAUAAAGUGAAUUUGAACUUCUCAAAGAAAACAUUUUGGAUAUUAGUUAAAGCCUACACAACUUGGGGGGAAAAGGAUAAAUGUCAGCAGAUCUUGGGUAUGAUGUGCAGGCAUGGAUAUGGAAUUCCUAUAAAUGGAUAAAGUUGGUAGUUCAUAUUUCAAUUUCCUUCCAUCAUAGUUCUACGACGGUUAACCUGAUUGUAGUAUUGUUGGAAUUUGGGAUUUUGAUGAAGCAGCAGACGACACUCUAUUUAGUUCUUCUCUUUUGUUUGUUCCCCCUUGUUGCUGAUAUACGACAGGCUAAAAUCUCAAGUGAUGAUAGUAUUUCUAUGAUAUAGAAAAGUUAAUUCAAGCAUGUGGGAACAACAUGUCUUCUUAUUGCCAAAAUAAUUCAAAUUGAGGCCUUUUUGGUUCAUCGCCAUCCAGCUUGUCUGGGUCUUAGCAUCAUCUCUCCACUAUUAACUUAAUCUGUCUCUACACUCUCUUGGAGAUUUAUGUUGUUCCACUGCCUCUGAUCGACAUUCAUAUGAAACUCUGUAACCCAUUACUUUGGUCCACUCCAAAUACAGCUAAUUCUGCUGCAGCGGCGGGGGGAGGAGUUGGUGCUAUUGCUGUUUUGAGUAAUGGACAGCUUCAUCACUUUGGUCCACUCCAAAUACAGCUACUUCUGCUGCUGCAGUGGCGGUGGGAGACUAGUGAAAUGGGUCAAGUUUGUAAUCUGGAAGGAAACGAAUAAGGCUGUUGAUAAGUGAUAGCACAUACUGGAUAAAUGUGAUGUCUAAUCAGCUUUGUAUCAGUCCAGCCCCAUCUUUAUUGGUCCUGAAGAGUAUUGAAUGUUAGACCAACUGCUUUUUUCUUCAUCAAAUGCAAUCUUUGGUCAGAUGAAAUUCACCAACUGUAUUCUAGUGCACAGGAUGUCUUCAACUCAACUCAACUUUAUGCUGUUUCAAUGAGUGAUUCAGAGAAUAUGGCUUCUAAAAUGCCCGGCUACAACAGGGGAGGCUAUGCACUCUAUAAAUUAAUGGUACAAGAUCGUUUGCUGAAUGAGAGGAUUUUGUAGGCUCGUAAUCUCGUCUACCUGAUUUAUACACGUUUGUCUCUCAGUCCUUGAUGUGCAAUCUCAUGCUGUGAUAUUUCAUUGAUCAAAAGAAAAACUCCCCAUGGAAAAUAUAAAUGAGCUAACAUGCACAGAUUAUGCAAUUUAGUCAUAUUGAAUUGCAACAAAACGCAUUUGUCUUUGCUUCUUUGCUAUGUAUUGAACUGUAUUAGUUUUGUUUUAUCACAAGAUUUAUUCGAAUA